CCAGACAUUUAGACAGAGACCCAGAGUUAGAGUGAGAAAGCCUGCAGAAAUGGGAGCCAAUUUGCCAGACCUGAACUUGAAUUUGAGUCCAAGUCAAGUCAUCCCCCAGAGCAUUUCUGAAUUUCUCAAAGAAAUCUCGGUGAUUGAUGAUUUUGGAGAAAAAUCAUCUAAGCUUGAUGAGUAUGUCCACAUGUUAGAAGAUGAAUUGAGAAAGGUCAACGGAUUGGAGCGUAAAGUACCUCUAUGCAUGAUGCUUUUAAAGGAUGGUCUGUGUUGUCUCUCUCUAUAGAACUCUCCUUUUUUAUCUAUGCAGAUAUGUACAUAUAUAUUUUAUUUCUUUUACUUUCUUUGUUUUUGUUUUUGGAUUUGCAGCUAUGGAGAGAUUGAUGGUGGAGAAGAAAAUGCAGGGUAAGGAAACAGAGGUCUGGCAUGGUAAUUUGGAUAAAGGUAUAGGGGCAAAAAUGUCAAUUGAUUGCAGUGAAACGGAGGACUGGUUGAGCUCUGCUAACCUCUGGAGCUCUACUAACAGUAACUGUGAUAACUCUGAGAUCAAGAAACAAGACUCAGGAUUAGACCUCAAAUCGAGAGAGAAAGAAGAUGAUGGUUCUGCUAUAAAGAGCGGAUUUCAGUUGUGUAAUUUCAGGCGCAGGGAAGGGGCAUUUGUGCCUUUUCUGGGAGGCUCUAGUCUGACAGUAAAGGAAGAGAGAGAGAUUUUAGCCGUUGAUGAUGCUCCAUCGUUUUCAAGUACGGUUGCUGACAUAGGGUCUAUCGAUUGGAAUUUGGAUUUGAAGAACGAAACUAGCUGUGUGUUGUCAAUGGUGACAGACCAAACAAAGCAAGCUGAGAGUAAGCCUCAAUUGCAGCACCGUGAAUACCGUGAACCGAAGAAACAAAGACGAUGCUGGACGCCACAAUUACAUGGCCGAUUCGUAGAUGCAAUUCAGCAGCUUGGAUCAAGAGCUACUCCCAAACAUAUUAGGGCAGUCAUGGGAAUGGAUGAUCUAACCAAUGAUGAAGUAAAAAGUCAUCUGCAGAAAUACAGACUUCAUGUUCAAAAACUUCAAAAAGCUUAUUCAGAGACCACCGGAUCAAAUGACUCGGUACGAUUCCCUCUCAAUGGUUAUCAAACAUUACUGUCAAAGGAAAACAUGGCUCAUUCCAGCACUCCACAGGGUCCCCUCCGCUUGACUGGCUUUGGAAAAGGGGUGUCUGUAAUGAGUGGUAACAGCAAGGAGUCUGAAGAGAAUGAAAAAUCAGAGAGCCAUGGUUGGAAAUGUUGGUCGGCUUCGCAAGCCCUUUGAAGAUCGAUGAUGUAGGGUUUAGCUUCACCAUGCAUUCUGAAGAUACAUAUAUUAUAUAUAGAUAGAUGCUGAGAGGAAUAUAUAUAUCUAUAUAUAUAUAUAUAUACACACUUUUGAGGCACUGUGAUUAGAGUUGCUAUGAAAAUAUAUAUGCGUUUUUAUUUUUAUUUUUUUUUUAUUCGUAAACUUGAUAUCUCUUUUCUUCCUUUCGGAAGUCUUUGAUGUAAUAUCUUUUUCUUCCAUCAAAGGAACUAGACUUUAUUAUUGAUAUGGGUGGUUUUCUUUGUCGCUGGGUUAGUAUUUUACAGUGCGUGAAAUGACCUGAAAAUUGAUUAUAUAUUUUGACCUUAUACGAAAUGAAAUUUAGGAAAAAUUACAAAAAAAAAAAAAAAAAAAAAAAAUCCUACUUUCAUCAUCAAGUCCUAUCAAUUAAUUAAUAAUUUUUUUGUUUUAUUUCAUGUUGAAAACAGUAUUUGCCCCCUUUAAUUUGGUAUAACCAAACAAUGGAAUUGGACUUAAUUAUUCG